AGUUUUACUUUAUCGUUAUUUUCUGUUUUGCUUUCAGCAAUUCUUAGAGCUGCUGAAAAGCAUGACUUCCUCUUCUGUUGUUGAUAAACCGCCGGUAAGACGGGUUGCUAUCUUCGGGGGAACUCAUGGCAAUGAGUUAUCAGGGGUAUUUUUGGUCAAGCACUGGCAAGAGAAUGGAGCUGAGAUUCAAAGAACAGGAAUGGAAGUGAAACCAUUUCUUACCAACCCAAGAGCUGUGAAGAAGUGUACUAGAUACAUUGACUGUGAUCUGAACCGUGUUUUUGACCCUGAUAAUCUUGGCAGGACAGUGGUGGAAGAUAUUCCAUAUGAAGUGAGGAGGGCUCAGGAAAUCAAUCAUAUAUUUGGUCCAAAAGGUAGUGAUGAUGCAUAUGACCUUAUUUUUGACCUUCACAACACCACUUCUAACAUGGGUGGUACCCUUAUUCUUGAAAACUCCAGGGAUGACUUUACAAUUCAAAUGUUUCAUUAUAUCAAGAAUGCUUUGGUUCCAGAAUGCUGUCCUGUUUUGCUGAUUGAACAUCCUAGCUUGAAAUAUGCAACAACUCGAUCUGUAGCAAAACAUCCUGUUGGCGUGGAGGUGGGUCCUCAGCCACAAGGUGUUGUUAGAGCUGAUACUGUGGACAAAAUGAGGAAGAUUGUCAAACACGGCCUUGAUUUUGUGCAACUUUUUAACGAAGGAAAGGAAUUUCCACCGUGUACAAUUGAGGUUUUUAAAAUAAUGGAGAAAGUAGAUUAUCCCAGGAAUAAGAAUGAAGAAGUUAUUGCUAUUAUUCACCCUAAACUGCAGGAUCAAGAUUGGCAGCCGCUGAACAAUGGUGAUCCUCUAUUUUUGACUCUUGAUGGAGAAGUAAUUGCAUAUAAAGGGGACUGUACAGUCUAUCCAACAUUUAUUAAUGAAGCUGCAUAUUAUGAAAAGAAACAAGCUUUUGUAAAAACAGUAAAAGUGAAACUCACUGCAAAACACAUCAGAUCCUCAGUCUUAGACCAGAACACUUCGUAAAAGCUUAUCACAGAUUUUUCUGUACAAAAAGUGGAUUUCUUCUCUCUGAAAUCCACUGCCAUUCAGUAGUAAUUCA